CAAUCAAUCGAAAUCCAACUGCCGACGGAGCCCAGAAGGAGGUUAUCGAUCAGCCUUAUCGAGGUCCCCCUCCCAUCAGCCGUCGCUAGACUGCUAGACUGCUACCUAAGUAGUGUCGGCCUAGGUACCGACCUAUAUCCAUCCGUCGUUCCACCUCCAGCAGCAACACCAGCCCGGGCGGGGCCGCAAUUCUCGUCGGGCGGCGUCUGUGUCACCGAGCAACGCCCGAAAAUUUCUCACAACUGGGAAGUCAUCGUCGUACCCGUCGCACCGCGCCACCUCCUGGCCGUCUGCGGUGUUGUGGGCCUGAUGCCCAUUCUCCCAGUCGCCGCUCUACCUAUGGGACCUCCCCCCUCGCGCUGUCACAGUUGCGCCAAACUGUCAACCUCAGGCUAGCCCGCCUCGACCGAUCCCGAUGCCGUUGCCCGAAGCCGAGCCCCAAUGGCCACCCCGCUCUCCGCAUGAGGCCCUUAUGGGGACGCCGGGUGGUCGCGAACGCCUUCGACGUCUCGCCGAGCGCACCUCGCCAUCGCCGUCACCGUCCAAGAUGAGGCCGUCCAGGACCGCGCCGAACCUGUCCUCGGGCGCUUUCUGCGACGACUAUGACGACGACGAUGCGGACGACGAUGAGGAGAUGCUGCAGCUCAAACUGCAGGAGAUCCAGGCCAAGCUGAAGCUGAAGAAACUGCAGAAGGCCGGAGGUUCACGGACAGCACAGGGAGCGCAAGGGAGCUCGGGCUCGAGGGCAAUGCCUCAGUUUUCCGCCGCGAGGGCAGAGAGGGCGGAGAAGCUGGCAGAGACAGGGAGGCAACAGGCCUCUGUUGAGGUCCCCGCGUCUCCCGUGAGGCGCGCGCCGCAGCAGGAACAACGAUCGCCUCUGAAAGUCACGCUCGGAAUCGACAAGGGGCUAAGGGCGCACGAUGUGUCGUUGAAAAGGGCCGGGUCCAACGCGCGCCAGUCGCAAGGCCAGACCCAGCAGCAGCAACAACGAUCUAGGGUGACUGGGACGUCUAGUUUUGAUGACGGCCAGCCGCAGAGGCCCCUUAGCUUCAACGAGCGUCUUGCCAUGGCUAGGACGGACGAGGUCAAGCGCCUAGAGAAACAGCAGAGGGUGCAGAAUCUACGAAGUGCCGCCUUUACGGUGGGAAAGGACGAGAUGGAAUCGUACAAGACCACAGCUGCAGAACUUCCAGACCUACCAGACCUACCACAGACCUACAGUCGUGCCGAGAUCGUCGGGGUUGAGAAUAGGCCACUAAAGGGACCUAGUAGCGGCGGGGGCUACCUCAAGCGGAGCAAUACCGCUCCUAGCAUCAAAGCAGGCGGCAGAUCGGGUGGUGUUGGUAGCGAUGGGGACAAGGACGCCGACAAUUCCGAUGCAACAAAGUCCAACCCGAAAGAUAAAGACGACGCUUCAUUUGAGUCGUACUCGGGUUUCCAUCUCAAAAAGAGGAUUCUGCCGCACGAGGUUCUCACCAGGUCAAUAACGGGCAAGAAGGUAUACCUCAUGAAGGAUUUUCUUCGGCAUGUCAAGGCGCCAGAUUGGUCGCUGCCGGAUGACGAGUGCGAUAUUGUGCUCUUCGCCGUGCUGGCUUCCAAGUCGGACCCCAAGUCGCACAAGCCCAUGGUGGACAGCGACGGCAAGGAAAAAGCCAGUGACCGGGGCAAGUACAUGGUCAUGACCCUCGUUGACUUCACCUUUGAGCUGGAGUUGUUCCUGUUUAAUACCGGGUUCGACCGCUUCUGGAAACUUACCCCGGGCACCGUGCUCGCGAUUCUGAACCCGACCAUCAUGCCGCCCCCAAAGGGGCGCGAGGCGACAAACAAGUUCAGUAUUGUCAUCAACUCCGACUGCGACACCAUCCUCGAGGUCGGCUCGGCACGCGACCUGGGCUAUUGCCAGUCUGUGCGCCGCGACGGCACCAAGUGCCCGACCUGGGUCAACUCGAAGCGGACCGAGUACUGCGAGUUCCACUCCAACGAGGCCGUCAGCAAGGCACGCAGCGCCCGCGUCGAGCUGAGCGGGCCCGGCUUUGGCAAGCUCAUGGCGCAGCUGAUGAAGGCGUCUGACGACCCCUCCAAGCCGUGGAAGCACAACUCGCGCCAGGGCUCGUACCGGACCGAGAAGGACAAGCGCGCGUACAACGACUACAAGGCCAAGCAGGCCGAGCACGGUCACUACGACCAAGAAUCGCAGUCGCGCGUCUUUGUCAGCCGCUCCGCCGGCUCAGCCGCGCUGCUGGACCGCGAGGGCGAGUUCCUGGACAAGCUCGGGCGUAACGAGGCCCUCAAGCGGCGCAUCGCCCAGCGCGAGCGCGAGAAGGACAUUGUCGCCAAGCUGGGAGCUGACGGGGUGGGCGCCGGUAGGGACUACAUGCAGAAGCGCGCGAAGCCUCCUUCCAGCACGGCGACGGCGGCCUCGUCGUCAGCCGCAUCCUCCUUCUCGUCCUACCUCCAUGCCGACGGCUCCGCGGGCGGCGGCAUGGGCGCGGCGGCCCUGGACCUGCUGGCGCGGGCAAAAAACACGCCCGCAAUCGACCUCGGCCCCGCUAAGCGCAAGCGGCCCGACUCGGUCACGUCGAACUCGACGUCCGGCGGCACCGUCAACUCGCGCAGCGGCGUCUCCUCACUCGGCUGGGGCACCGCCCUCCGGGACAGGCUCGGCAAGAUGAAGGAGGGCGCGUCCACCUCGUUCCCUCCUCCGAACCUGGCCGCUGGAACAUCAGCUGCCGGUGCCACGACUUCCUCCGGGUCCCGGGGCGACCGCUCCCCCGUCCGCAAAAAGACCCGCUUCGUCACGGACAAGGGCAUCCGUGAAGCCGGCCGGGAGAGCCUCGGGGCGGAACUCGCCGCUAGCACCGGGGCGACAACUGAGAAGGCACCUGCUGCCACUGCUGUUGCUGCUGCUGCUGCCGCCGCCGUAGCUACCAGGAACAAGCUGCUGCGGCGCGUCGUCGUUGAGGACGAUGUCGAUGACGACGAACUACUUAUCGUGUAAAGCGUGUAAAGCGUCCAUCUUGGUUUUUCCUUUCUCUUUUUUUCCACCUACUUUUCUUCAAGACAUUCCCUGAUUCUUAACUUUCCUUUGUCAUAAUUUUUUUCCACUAUGGCCCUGGAACAACGCAAAAUAAGCGCGCCCACCCACGCACCUUUUCUUACACCAUAAACAAAACAGACGCGAUACCCCCCACAAAACAGUAUGAACCACGGCUGUACAUAUUGGACAUCUAUCUAUGUAACAUUGGCAUGGCACGGGUUAUGGCGCAUGGAUCUGCAUUUCUCGUCCAAAUACAUCUAUAUCUGCUCUGUGCGCGAUGGAAGCAAACUCCCGGAGCAGUAUGAUGGAGCUCUUUACUUGACAGCAGUAGCGUCCUCGCUUGACACGUGAUUGUAUCUUGGUGUGUAUGUAGUAUUACCUGUGACGCACUUACUAUGGAGGCACCUACCUAUGUAGCACUGCAUAUCUCCCCUUUAUUCAUCUCGAUUCCAAGAUGAUGUGUUGG